CCCAACCGCCAUGGCCGCUCCGCUCACCGGACUGGCUUGGACCUCGUCCAGUGUGGCCGCCGCCGGCUGGACUCCGCUUACAUCCACAGUGGAAGGAGCACCUGCCAACUUUGGAAAGGGGUUUGCGCAGAAGUCUGGUUACUAUCUGUGCUACACAUCAGCUAUCAGUGCGAACCCCACAGGAGAUGUGCUAUAUGAUGUAAUAAUCUUGAGUGAGAAAUCACCACUACCUUCUGGAUAUACUUACGCUAAAGAAUUCUCGGAUACAAAAGCCUCCAUCUCCAAGAAGAAGAGGUUGUGUGUCAAGCUGAUUCCAUUGAGUACGGCAGAAACAGCUGUGUUUGACAUCCUGAUCAGCAAUAAAAGCAAAGUGGUGCCAAACUACAUGCGCAUUGGAGACAUGAGCGGAUUUGCACUUUGGUGUAAAAAAGAGCAUGUUGUCAAGCCUAAGCCUCUCCCUAAGCCACGGAAUAUCAGUCUAGAAAUGAAGCAGCUUUCUCUAGAGUCAGAAAAUGUGAACCAGCCAUCAGCAAAGCCCACAGGCCCCCAUAGGCAAGCCACCCUUAAGCGGCAUGAGUCGAUAUAUGACAGUUCAAAUGUUUAUGGUAUCUCGGCCAUGGAUGGGGUUCCCUUCACUUUGCACCCCAAGUUUGAGAACAGCAUCACUAAUGGCAAUAAGGCUUUUUCUCCUUUUAAAAACUUGCAUAUCAAGUCUCUGGCUGACAUUGAGAAAGAGUAUGACUAUGGUUUUGUAGUUGAAAGAACUGCAGCUGCUCGACUCCCACCCAGCAUCUCAUAAUGUUGGCAGUUCCUGUUAAGAAGACUGCAUUUUCUGCGCAUGAAGCACAAGGAUGUUUGCUGACUUCACUGAGAAGAUGGAAGUACUUCAGAAAGGACCUACUUUAUUGGGACCAUUGCUCUAGUAGUCAAAAUUUGUAAAUUAUAAUUUUGCCUCUUGGAAGGUGAUAGGAUUCCCCACACUAUGGUUCAUUGCUGGUUGGUGCAAGCCAAAUGUCUUUUGCAUAUAAUUUCCCCAACAUCACAUCCUUUUUCCCUAUGCAAAACACUGCUUUUCAAAAUAGAAUUGUUUUGUGGGCAGAA